UAUACCAGUCGCCGACGGCCCUGCUUACCGUGUGCACGUUACGAGACGACAGUCCGCCGAACUCGGUCGUGUGAUGUUGAUUGGACCACUUUACUUUCAUUGAGGAUCGCCUUCUUGCUUCCUGUGUUUCGUACUACGAACUAGGAAUAUGGUAAUGGAGCAAGCUGUCUUUCUGCUUAUGGGUUUGAUAUGCCACACGCAAUCGUCGGCAUAUAUUCAGGGGCAAAAAAUAUUUUCAUUAGAAGAAAUAGUACCUUUGAUGGCCGAGUUUUAUCCUGAAAGAAUGUCCGUGCAAUGGAUAUCAGAUACAACGUAUAUAUACAAAGAUCCUGGUGGGAUAAAGAAAUACGACGCCUCCACGGAUAAAGUCGUCACGAUUCUCAAUGAAAUCGAAUUGUAUAAUUUGAGCAAUUAUACGCUGUCUACGUUUUCUGAAGACGGAAAAUACGUGCUGCUAACGAAAAAUAGAAGAAAGAUAUACAGAUAUUCAUUCCUUGCGGAGUAUUCCGUGCUAGAUAUUGAAAAGAGAUUAAUUUACAAGCUAAGCGAUUAUGCGCUACAAGUCGUGGUUUGGGGUAUUGGGAAAUCUGUAGCCUACGUCCAAGAUAACAAUGUAUACUACGUACCUGACAUUACCCAAGCAGAUUACGUUGGUGCCCUCACCACAGGAGGAGUGCCCGGCGAAGUUUAUUUCGGUGCUACUGACUGGAUUUACGAAGAGGAGAUAUUUAAUGCAGCAGAAGCAUUAUGGUUUUCUCCGGGAGGUACUUACCUCGCUGUUGCUUCCUUCAAUGAUACUGACGUUGAAUCGGCCGUAUUCCCUUAUUACGGAGAUCCUGGAAACAUAAACAACCAGUACCCACAAAUGGUGCAGUUUAAAUAUCCUAAGGUAGGUCGGACAAAUCCGAGAGUGGGUUUACGCGUCUACAAACUGGACGAGCCCAAUAGUGAGCCUUGGAGUAUACCUGCACCGGUCGAUGUGAUUGGACUCGACAACAUCCUCGGUCGUGUAAACUGGGCUUCCGACCAAAAUUUAAUUGUUCUCUGGCUGAACAGACGACAAAGUAUUAGUAUCCUGAUCAAUUGUGACUUGCAAAAAGACAAAUGUAGCAUAGUGAAAGAACACACGGAACCAAACGGUUGGAUCGACAUUAACGACCCAAUUUUCGACAAAACUGGAACUAAAAUGGUGGAGAUACAGCCUUUGUAUCAUGCUGAACGUCGUUUCCCGCACGCCGCAAGGGUCGAUUUCAAUACUUUAACAACUGAAGACCUAAGUCCCGGUAACUCUACGGUAUUGGAAAUUGUUGGCUGGAAUCAAGAUACCAAUACGGUGUAUUACAUAGUAGCUCCUGGAAAUUUACCAUGGCUAAGGCAAAUAUGGGCAACUUCCGGCGGUGUGGUUAGAUGUAUCUCGUGCAAAGAACCGACUUGUAGGCACGUGUCGGCCAUGUUUUCACCGGGAGCCAACUACGCCAUAGUAACGUGUAGCGCCUGCAACAUCCCUCCUAAAAUAUACCUGUAUGAUGCCAAGAAAGAGACAUUCAAAUUGAUAAAAGACAACAAAAAACUCAUUGAUACCCUACAAAUGUACCAACUACCUCUUACCCAUUUCAUCGCAAUGUCAAUAGGAAACGAAGUGAAUGCAAACGUGAAACUCAUUCUUCCAGCUGGGAUAAAGCAAGGAGAACAGUAUGCAAUGGUGGUCAGAGUGUACGCUGGUCCCGGGACAACCCGAGUUCGCGAUAACUACGAUCUAGAAUAUUACAACUCGUACCUGGCUACAAACAGGAGUAUAAUAGUGGCCUCGAUCGACGUACGAGGUUCUGGAGUGAUGGGCGUGGAAGCCAUGCAUGCAGUCAAUAGAGCUUUGGGAACUGUCGAAAUAUCUGACACUUUGGAUACCAUCAAGAGUUUAACGAGUUUGUAUUCUUUCAUCGACCCUGACCGGAUAGGAGUGUGGGGCUGGAGUUACGGUGGCUAUGCCACCACAAUGAUGUUGAUUCAGGAUCAACGGAACAUUGUGAAAUGUGGGGCCGCUGUCGCCCCCGUUACCUCAUGGCUCUAUUACGAUUCAAUAUACACGGAACGUUAUAUGGAUACGCCUCAAGCGAACCCUUUGGGCUACGAACGAUCUGACCUAACUAAUCUAGCUGAAGGAUUGCGAGGACGCAAAUAUUUGCUGGUUCACGGGAGCGGUGACGACAAUGUGCAUUACCAGCACAGCAUGCAACUCGCCAAGCGAUUGCAGCAUAGCGAUAUUGCCUUCGAGCAAAUGAGUUAUACGGACGAGAAUCAUUCCUUGAUGGGAGUGAGUCGACAUUUCUACCACACGUUGGAUCGCUUCUGGUCAGAGUGCUUCAAAUUAUAAUGUUAGCUUAAUACGAAUAGUAUUUUAUGUGUGUUGUGAAUGUUUGUGAAGUCUUAGCUUAAAUUGUAUCAUAGUGUAUCUAAAUUGAUUGUGAACAAGUCGAUGUUAACGUAAUAAAUUGCUAUUUAUAUUCUUG